CAAGGGGAAGUGCAGAUUAUGCCGAGUAGUUGGCGUUGUGCUGUCUCCUUCCGUCAGUGACUGAUUGCACUUGUUUUCACUCUUGACGGGCUUAUGAGAACUACUGGUGACUUUUUUUUUUGUCAGUUUUUGGGUCUACUUCGUUCAUCGGAAAUAGCGGCUGCAUAAAUAUAACAGUCGAUUGAAAUAGGUUUCGUAACAAAUUACCAUUACCAACGCAUCCUAUCCCUACACGGAAAAGAAAAAGCCAACGACGGGGGUUGAAGUCGUACUGGAAGUAUACAGAAGUUGUUGAUGCUCUUGCUGUUGUGGUCCCGGUAGCAAGAAGGGCAGCAGUUGCUUUCAUGGAGGCGGUUGGCAAGUUUGACUUCAGUGCCACUGCAGACGACGAGCUCAGCUUCAGGAGAGGAGACGUCCUCAAGAUCUUGGGGACUAAUGAUGAUUGGUUUAAAGCAGAGAUGUACGGCCAAGAAGGAGUGGUGCCUAAAAACUACCUCACCCUAGAACUACCCAGCUGGUACCAGGAGAACACGAGUCGGCACCAGGCCCAGGACACCCUGUUCUCCAAGCCUGUGGGCUCCUUCAUCAUCCGCGGCAGCCAGAGCUCACCUGGAGACUUCUCCAUCUCCGUCAGGCACGAGCAGGACGUGCAGCACUUCAAGGUGAUGCGCGACACGCGGGGCCAGUACUACCUGUGGACCGAGCGCUUCACCUCGCUCAACAAGAUGGUGGAGUACUACACCCAGAACUCCAUCUCCAAAAACAGCCGCAUCAUGCUACGGGACCCCAGCCCCUCGCCAGGUCUCAGAGGGCCUCCAGAACCAGCCCCAUCAAAGAGUUUCAGAGGAGGGUUGCCUGAUCCUGCAUCUCAACAAGGCUUCAGAGGCUCAUUACCAGGUCCACCUGCGCCUCAACAGGAGCGAGGGCGUGCCAUGUCUAGAGGGUUCACUGGUCUGCCUGCUCGACCAUCGGAACCCCUGCCCCCUCCCCAGCCCAGCGCGCUGAGGGUGAAGGCCAUGUACGACUUCUCUGCGGAGGAGAAGGACGAGCUGGACUUCAGCAGCGGGGACGUGAUCGAGGUCCUGGACCAGACGGACCCGGCCUGGUGGAGGGGGCGACUGCGGGGGCGAGAGGGUCUUUUCCCCUCCAACUACACCACUGCUCUAUGACCCAGCAGAAGAUGCUCACACAGUUUAAAAUCCUGUGUUAAUUCAACACUUAGUGAGAGUCGAUUUAACAUCUUUUAGACUUUAUUUGAUCCCUAAGUGUUGAAUAAACACUGGUAGCUGCAAGGGCGAGAGGGUCUUUUCCCCUGCAAUUACACCACUCCUCUAUGACUCAGCAGCAAGCAAGCUGCCACACAGUCAAACAAGCCAGUGUUAAUUCAACACUUAGUGAGAGUCAGUUUAGCAUCUUCUAUCUAGAGUGUAUUCUGUCACUAAGUACUCUCUAAGUUUUGAAUUAACACUGAUGGCUGUGGUGACGAGAGGGUCUUUUCCACUCCAACUACACCACGUCUCAAUGACCCAGUCGCAAGCAAACACACUGUAAAAUGCAGUGUUAAUUCAACACUUAGAAGGUCCAUUUAAGACCUUCUAGAGUAUAUUUGGUUUCAACAUACUGUCUGAGUGUUGAAUUAACACUGGUGGCUGCAGGGACGAGAGGGUAUUUUCCCCUCCAAUUAGACCACCCCUCUAUGACCCAGCAGCAAGCAAGCAGCCCAUUCUCCACAUUCAGCAAAUCACCUGCACAAAUGACCAUUAUCCUCCAUGGACACAGCACGACAGUUCGGUAGAUUUGAAGCAUUUUCAACUUUCCAUUUUUUUUAAAAUUAAUAUAUGUUGUAGGUUUUUUGUUCUAUUUUGGGAGAGCAUUUAUUGGGUAGUAUGGUUUGAGAGGAGAUAGGAAACAGGCUGGCGAGAGAGACGGGAUAGGGUGGGGAAAUGAACAAGGCGGAAUUCGAACGUGAGUCCACAAGGGCAAAUACCUCAGGUGUUGUGCCACAACACUGCCAAACGAUUUUCUACCGUGAUAUAGAGUGGAGUAAGUGUUUCCUGAUUGCCAAUUCCAACCAGAAAAUCGACAAAAACGACAGUUGGAAAUACUUCAAAUCCCUUUAAUUGAAUAGAACCUUUGUGUUUAAUCUAAUGUAAUAAUUGAUCUGCAUUGUUCUAAUCUGAUGUGUUGUGAGGAAGACUUCAAGUGUACCAUAUACUCAGCCACCAUUGUUACUAUUUACUACUUUAAGUCUACAUGACGAGUUCAGGUGUAAAACAGGAGCAUGGGUGAAAUGUUUCUUUUAAAGUCAACUGCCUUUUACUGUUCUGUUUUGUUUCUGCCUGCUCCUUGAUUGUCAAAAUUACACCCAUGUCUGAGUCACCCUUUAGCCUACUGUCUUGAGAGGAAUACGUAGGCCUACAUUUCCAUUGUACCAGCUAUUGUUAUUAGCCUACUACAUCAUGGGGGGUUGCUAUGUGAUUUUUUUUUUUUUUUUUAAAUCAUUAACAGUCCAUAUCUUCCACUCUCUCAUUCAGACUCCUUAAUCUGUUGCA